CCUCCUGCCCGCCUUCCCUGUCCUCCGCUCGCCAUGGCUCUGCUGCAGUCCAGCCGGCUGCUGUGCGGCCUGGCCCAGUACCACCCCUGCCUGGCCGCCGCCUCGGCCCGAGCCAGCUCCUGGUGGGCCCACGUAGAAAUGGGGCCCCCGGACCCGAUCCUGGGAGUCACCGAAGCCUUUAAGCGGGACACCAACAGCAAGAAGAUGAACCUGGGAGUCGGGGCCUAUCGGGAUGAUAACGGAAAGCCGUACGUUCUUCCCAGCGUCCGGAAGGCGGAGGCUCAGAUCGCAGCCAAGAAUUUGGACAAAGAGUACCUUCCCAUUGGGGGACUGGCCGAAUUUUGCAAGGCCUCAGCAGAAUUGGCCCUGGGUGACAAUAACGAGGUGUUGAAAAGUGGCCGGUAUGUCACUGUUCAGACCAUUUCUGGAACUGGAGCUCUGAGGGUUGGAGCCAGCUUUCUGCAAAGGUUCUUCAAGUUCAGUCGGGAUGUGUUUCUGCCUAAACCAUCCUGGGGCAAUCACACCCCCAUCUUCAGGGAUGCGGGCAUGCAGCUGCACGGCUACCGUUAUUAUGAUCCAAAGACUUGUGGCUUUGACUUCACGGGAGCUCUAGAAGACAUUUCGAAAAUGCCGGAGCAGAGUGUCAUUCUCCUGCAUGCCUGCGCUCACAACCCCACGGGAGUGGACCCUCGACCCGAGCAGUGGAAGGAGAUAGCAGCUGUGGUGAAGCAAAAGAAGCUCUUUGCAUUUUUUGACAUGGCCUAUCAAGGCUUUGCCAGCGGAGACGGCAACAAAGACGCCUGGGCCGUGCGUCACUUCAUUGAGCAGGGUAUUGACGUCUCUCUCUGCCAGUCUUAUGCCAAGAAUAUGGGCUUGUACGGUGAGCGUGUGGGAGCCUUCACCGUGGUGUGCAAAGAUACUGAGGAGGCCAAAAGGGUGGAAUCCCAGGUGAAGAUCUUGAUCCGUCCCAUGUAUUCGAACCCACCUCUCAGUGGGGCCCGAAUCGCGGCCACCAUCCUGAAUAACCCCGAUCUGAGGAAGCAGUGGUUGCAGGAGGUGAAAGGCAUGGCCGAUCGCAUCAUCGGCAUGAGAGCCCAGCUGGUUUCCAACCUCAAGAAGGAGGGCUCUUCCCACAACUGGCAGCAUAUCAUCGACCAGAUCGGCAUGUUUUGUUUCACGGGGUUGAAACCUGAGCAGGUGGAACGACUGACCAAGGAGUUCUCCAUAUACAUGACAAAAGAUGGCCGCAUCUCCGUAGCAGGAGUCACAUCGGGCAACGUAGGCUACCUCGCCCACGCCAUUCAUCAAGUGACCAAGUAAACUCCCCGAUGGCAUGAAGCAGAGACAACCCUUCCGAUCUUCAGAUUCUGCUGCAUGAGAUUCAAGGGUGUGACUGGGGCAGAGAGGAGGGUAGGUUAGGGUGUGCAGAUGGUUUCUUUCAACCACAGUGCUUAAUGUCCAGCCAUUUGAAUGUAGCUCAGAAAAGGUCAUGCAGCGUACAUAGGGUAGAGGUGGCCAUAGCUAUUAUUUUGAGCUUUAUGAAUCUAAACCAAACCGGCUCCACCCCCUCCCGACAGACUUCUACCGUUUACACUUGCAAAUAAAAAAAAAAAA